UCUCCCUACUAUGAGGAGUAUUCGAUGGAGAACUUGAUGUAGAGCGAAGAGUAGUCACGUCUCUGUAUCGUCAUUCUAUAUUUACGAUUUUUACGAAAUUGUUACACAAUUGUUCGGAUCUGUUCCAGGCCGUCCAAAUAAACGACAAAGUAUGGCGAGUCCAGUUAUAAUUUCAGCCACGGCUAAACACACAGCGACGAUAAUAUUUUUCCAUGGCUUAGGCGAUACAGGACAUGGCUGGGCCAGUUCCAUGGCUGCUGUACGGUCUUCACACAUCAAAGUUAUUUGUCCUACUGCACCUACAAUGCCAGUAACACUUAAUGCAGGGUUUCGAAUGCCUUCCUGGUUUGAUCUACGAUCUCUGGACUCCACAGGCCCAGAAGAUGAAGAGGGUAUACGCAGAGCCGCUGGUAUGGUUCAUUCGUUAAUAGCAGAGGAAGUCGCAGCUGGAAUACCCACAAAACGCAUUGUUCUCGGUGGAUUUAGUCAAGGUGGAGCGCUAGCUAUGUUCAGUGCCCUUACAUUCCCAGAGCCUUUAGCUGGUAUUAUAGCCAUGUCCUCAUGGCUUCCACUGCAUAACAAAUUUCCAGCAGAAGCAAUAGGUAAUAAGGAUACACCGUUGCUACAGUGCCACGGCAACUGUGAUCCAAUCGUGCCGUACAGGUGGGGUCAAAUGACAGCGUCUCUUCUGAAACAAUUCAUGAUGCAGACAGAAUUUAAAACUUACAACGGAAUGAUGCAUACGUCUUGCGAGGAGGAGAUGCACGACGUUAAGAAAUUCAUCGAGAAAGUCCUCAAACCGUAAUAUAUCUAAUUAAACCAUGCGUCAAAAUAUUAAUGGUUACUUCGAUUUAAUAUGUACAUUAACGAUAUGAUUCCGAUUCUGCGAUUAUUUAAUUAUAGUGACUUUAAAGGCGUUAAGUAGAGAAUCGUUAAAAUCUUCCGGGAUGAGUGCUAGAGCGUACACUUAUUAGAGAUAUAUUUAUUUUACGAGCCUUACAAUUUGUAUCUAUUUAUCUUUCCGAACUUUAAUACUUCAACGUACCAAAGCAUUCGCAUAGCAAUACGAUUUAAUCUUACGAUUUGCAAUUCCUCAUACACAUACAUAAUUUAUUGGCGUUCUUUGUUUCUUUUGAUAUUUAUGAUGCUAAUUAUGAAGCGUCACAUGUGACAUGUACGCAACAGUGUAUGAAUACAAGCACUAUAAUUGUUUAUAAGGCUCACGCUGAUGUGCGAAUUCAUAAUGUAAGAAUGAUAGAUUCAUUUUUACGAUGUUCAAAAUCAAUGCGAUGAUAAGUUUACAAAUAAUUUGUGUUAGACAAUAAGACAUAACAUUAAGUUAUUGAAAAGCUUUGCAUCGGCUGUUUAUUGGUGAUAUCUCCAUCCUUUUGUGAAGCAAAUUAUUUUUAAAAACAGAAAGCCAAAACACGUCCAAGAACUUUAAAACAAUUUGCAGCUACGAGCGCGCCACUCGCAUUUAAAUAUUCGAUCGUAUACUGUUUCAUGAGGCUUACGUGACGCGAAAUGCUGCUGCUAAUAACUUAACUUUUGUAGAGAAUAUUGUCUAGCAGACAGUAAACACGGCCAUGUAAUCUAUGAUUACGAAAUCCACUAAACUAUUGUUUAUGAUCGACAUAAUAAAUAGAUCAGGAUUUCCUAAACUAUGUACAUUAUUUGCGAAUUCUUUAAAAACGUGCACAGUUUCUUAAGGAAUACUACUAUAUUUACAAAGCUUCUUUAGAAUCACGAUAAAAAGAUAUACUUUUCUAAUGAUUACAAAGUACACCAAAGGUGUAUUCUAUUAAAAAAAAUGUUUAUUAGAAAAGCUGGUUCUUAUUCAUCUUAAGUUUGGGAAAUCCUGUGAUACAUAUAUUCAUCACAAGAAAUAAAUUUAACCAAAUAUGGAAUUAAUAUGAUGUACAAGUACAUUAAUGUAUACAGGGUGUCCCACAAUUGGUAGAACACUUAUUAGGGGUAGGUAGGUGGUGCAAUUUGGAACUGAAAGUUCGUCUUCCAUUUUUGGAUCCGAUGGUUAAUGAGAUGUAUUAAUUAUCCGAUGGAUAAUUUAUAUAUAUUUUUUUUUUUUAUCAAUUAAAUCUGCCAAUCCCUUAGCGCCCUGAGUGAGCGCUCAGAGACGUAGAACGCUAUGGACUCCUCAGAGGCCCCGCUUGUCUAUUUUUCUCCCUUUUUUGUACACGCACACUAAAAUCAUUCACGAUUCUCAAUCACCGACAUGCAGAAAACAUUUAAGUCACCCGCGCACUCGAAGGAAGCAUACCACACAUGUCCUCCCCCUCCGGCACAUAAAGUGCGAUCACUCCGCUCACUGCACUAAAAAUAUUCAAAUUAUCCAUGCACUCAUAACCGCACACAAAAACACCCAUAAAUCAUCCCCUCACGUUGAAAACUUGCCACCCCCUAGUCCCGAUCAGGUACCCAUCCACACACCCACCCACUCACUCACUCACUCAUCCAUUUAUUUCACUGUGAUACAAAAAAGGGGAAAAAAGCAAGACCUCUAACAACACGGACAAGCAGGGCCCCCAAGAAGUCCAUGGCGUCCUACAGCCCUGAGCGCUCACUCGGGACGCUAAGGGAUUGGCAGACUUAAUUAAUAUCUCAUUAACUAAUUGUCGGAUCCAAAAAUGGAAGAGGAACUUUCAGUUCCAAAUUUCACCCCCUACUUAUCCCUAAUGGGUGUUCUACUAGUUGUGGGACACCCUGUAUAAAAGAAGAUGACGGCUGAUUUUCUUAUUGGUACUAACCAUUAUUCAGUAGCAAAUAAACGAAGAACAAUAAGCUCAAAGUA